UCGCGACAGUUCUAAAUGUGGGUUUUUUAAGCACCGGGGGAAAUAAUAUAUUUGGUAUAAAACCUCACAAUCAACAGUUCCUACUGCAACACCACAGGGCUUGGACUAAACAUAAAAAACAGAGUCUAUGGCUGUGCCGGGGAACUCACUAUGGAUGCUGCUUCUCGGUGCGUAUUUGGCGCUCACGGUCGGAGCGGACUGCGAGAAGGACUGUGCGCUCUGCCUCAACCGUCUACUGGGACAACAGACGGCGAUUAACACUCUGACAUGCUCAAUAGAAUGUGAGGGCAGCCUGGACACCACGAAGCUCCGCCUCUGCCGAGACGUCCUAUUGGAGGAGCAGCGCAUCGCUGUAGACGACACCAAACAGGAAGAGGUGGAGGGCGAGCAGCACCAGCUGGCCAAGAAGUACGGCGGCUUCAUGAAGCGCUACGGGGGGUUCAUGAUCAGGAGGAGCCCACCCGUAGAGGACGGAGAAAUGCAGGGAGGACAGAACAGCCCGGUGGCCGAGGAAGAGGACAUCCGUCUGGAGAUCCUGAAGAUCCUGAAUUCAGAGGCAGAGGGGCAGAGGGACGGAGAGGUGGCCAAGCGCUAUGGGGGGUUCAUGAGGAGAGGGGGGGACUUGGGGGCCCUGGAGGGGGUGGGCAGGCCAUUGAAGAAGCGUUAUGGUGGCUUCAUGAGGAGGGUAGGGAGGCCCGAGUGGCUGGAAAAUCAGAAGAACAAGGGGGGGCUCCUGAAACGCUCCUGGGAGGGGCCAGGAGGUGACUCCCCCCUGGCUGAGAUACACAAGAAAUAUGGAGGAUUCAUGGACUAGGGGUCAGCCCCUCCUCCAACCCCUCCUGAUGAGUCUGGACUCUCAAUUUUGAUCAGAUGAUCCAUUCUUGUUCCGUUGUAGUGCUUGUACUGUGCUGCUUUUUGUUUGUUUGGGUUUACUGUGACAAAAAAACACUUCGCUUAUCAGGUGAUGAUAACUCCAUUUAUGGCAACCAGUACUGUAUGUUUUAUGGGUUUGGUUAUUUAUAAAUUAACCUGUGUUCAUUGUGGUGUAUACGGCUGGAGCAUGUGUGGAAAACCAAUCAUGGCAUGACCUGUUUGCUUUCUCUCAUUGACUUGCCACUGUUUUUAAAGGGAUAGUUAACUUUUUUAAGUGUUGGGUGAUUUUAGACUUACCUAGGGUAUUGUUGUGUCAUCCAUACCGUUUUUAAGUUUGUUAGUUGGUUAUUUAGUAUUGUCCAGAAUCUCCUGGCAAGGUAAGACGAAAAUAAGCUAAAACUUCAAAAAAGUUAACUAUUCCUUUACGUGGCUAGUACGAUAGACCCUUUCUGAGACUUCCAUUCUCACCACAAACCUUUAGGGACCUCAAAAAGCUAAGCCUCAGAAAAGGCUGUUACUAUGGGGAAGUAGGCUAUUGUGGCCUUCCAAUUGGUGGUUUGGUCUUUGGAACUGAACAGAGGGAACAUUAACAUUUUCUGCUUUGUUGUUGGAACAUGGAGGUACCCUACUCUAAGUACUGCUAUACCAGUGUGUUGUAAUUAUCCAUAUAAUGGCAGUGUGUCGUUCGCUAUUACUACUUUCAACCGUGCUCACACUUAUCCCAGUAUGCUGAUGUCGAAACAUGUUGCUUUCAGUUGAUAAAUGUCCUAAUUUUGUGUUCUUUCUGUAGAGAACAGAGCAGCAUUUGAGACCAAUUAGUUGUACAAAACCUAAUAAACCCAUAAAUCCUGCAGAAAUAA